AUGCAUGCCGGCGAAGGGCCCGGCCCACCGCUGGAGCUCCUCCGUGCAACGGCAGCUGCCUUGCACGGUUCCGGAUGCUGGGACGCAGCGCUGCUGGCCGAGGUGGUCCGGACGUUGGACCGGCUCGCACCCAACCAGAAGCCACCUCCCAGUGGUUGCUUCGUGGAGUUGGCGGAACACAGGUGUUUGCUGCUGAGGCUCUCCAUGGCGAUGGCUGGCACAGCAAGCGCCGAAGUCGAGCCCAGGAGGAGCCAUACUCUGGCAAAGCCGCCUCCGGCGCCGUCUUCACCUCACAGUCCUUCAUUCGUAGAGGAGGCGGCCACCUUGCCGAACAUCUUGAACCAGAGUGCCGACUGGCGCGGUCGGUACAAGCUCAAGCGACACACGGACACCUGGUUCAAGGCGAAAUGGCAGAUCCAGUUCAACCUCAACUUUUCCGAGACGGGGAGCUUGUAUGUCACCGUACGGUGGCCAAAGUUCGGGCAGCCGGCGGUCGCGCGCCUUGGGCGCUGGUACAAGGAUACAGGAGGCAGAGGCGGAAUCGCCAUCACCUUCGAAGCCGAGUUGCCCGAGGGACGGCGGGAAGGCGGAAGGACGCGCGAUGGCCAGGUCUUCUCUUGGCAGGGGCAUCUCGUCUGCUCACGGGGCUGCCCGCACUUGGAGGGCACGGCAAGGAGUCGAGUCAGCGACCUUUCCUACGAGUGGUACGUCGUUCCCCCGGAGCCUCUAUCACUCCUCAGAGCUCCGAUGCUGGACCUUUUCGGGGAGCCGGAUGAAACUUUGAUGCGCCCGUACAGCCUUCUGAGCUUCAACAUUGGCUUCUCGGGGCCGAAGAUGGAGCAUUUCGCCCACGCCCUGAGGCUGACGCCGGUCGAAGGCAAGGAGCCAGCCACGCCGCUGGAGCUGGCGGCGGCUGCCGUUGCCAACAGGCAUCAGUACAGCUACGUCCAUGGCCCGCCCAGCGUGGGCAAAGCAUCGAGGCAAGGUGUGGAGGAAGAGACCUUUGGCCUGUGCCAAACAGCCGAGCGUCAUGAAGGGGACGCCGACAGCGGCCAGGGGUGCAGCGCAGCUCAAGGCUGGGAAUCACUGGCGGCAAGCCAAGCGCGCUGGUGUUCGACGAACGAGGUCCUGAGCUUGAUUGGCGGAGAGCAGGACCUCGCGGAAGGCAGCGGUGAUGAGGUGCAGAUGGCUGAGCCUGCGCCGGGAUCCGUAGAGCGAUCUCCAACAGCCAGGACGGGGGCUGCCGUCAGCGGCGACACCACGGAGCGCAGCAUGCGGUCCAGGGUGACGGAGUCGCCAGGUGCUCGUAGCACCCGCUCCUUUCCACUGCUCAUCCCGCCGCCGCUGCGGCGGGCAAGCGCGCGCGGAGGAGAGCGCCCGCCUUGCUCCAUCCGGGCGAAUCCGCCCUUGGGCCGCUGGGGGCUCGGAGCCAGUUCUCAACGCUUCGGAGGCGAUGCACAGAAGAACGAGGAGUCGGCGCGCCAGCUCCGUCUCCAGGCGCUGUCGGCUGCCCUGGACGGGGAGGACGUGGGCCGGGAGCGGCAGCUGCGCUACGCCAUCCUCAUGCGCAUCCUGGAGGUCCGUGUUUUGAUCUCUGCAAGUCUUUUUGGCGACCUGUUUCUUUGCAUGGAAAAGCCGAGUGCGUCUGGCCUCCAGGACCUGCUUGCGCCAGAGCCUUACAGCAAGCUCCGCAGCAGUGGCGGGGAAUCGGAGCCAAGCCAGGAUCAGAUUGGUGAUUUCUUUGUUGGCCUGCUCCCAGACGAGUCCAAGGCCUUCCUGUACCGAGCGCUGCAGCUGCGGAACUCCGAGCAGGUCCUGGCUCGGCUCUCCGAGGACUUCGCCGCUUCGGAGGAGCUGAUGAAGUCUGCCCUGGUGGUUGCCAUGAGCGGGCUGGUGGCGCCCUUCACCAGCAAAGGGCCAUAUCCUCGGUCCUCCAUCACGGUCGACACGGACCAUGAGUAUCAUCCAAACGAGGCUGGGGGAUUCAACAUCGCCUCACCCGCCGUUGGAGUCUUGAACAGCAGCUUGCGCACCUGUGGGUGGCCCCAGCAAUGCAGGGAAGAUGUUGCGAUGGUGCAGGCGUGA